AUGUGCAAGAGUAAACUCGGUUUGGAUUUGAGGCUUGUCACGAAGUACUCUCGAGCGACUAGCACAAGCUCAGGCCGGACAUUAUAUAGAAUGGUGAACUUGGACGAGAAUCCGAGGCGCUUGGGAAUUUUGAAGAAGACGUCGGCAACGGCAUUUAUUAUAUCCUCUCGGAAGAAAAAGUCGACAGCGAGAUAUGCCCUCUCGGAAGAAAACGACAAUAACGUGUACACACCAACAGAGAAACUGGAUAUGACGUGUACUACACGCUUUCGGAUGGAAUUCUGCGGCGCCAAAUCGGUAAUAGAAGAUAUACGACACGUAUUAUACUUUGUCAGAUGA